CGGGCUAGGGUGGUCCGCGCCGGGGCCGGCCGGGUCGCAGCGGCAGCAGCACGGCCUUUAAAUGCCUCGCCAUCUCCCUCGCUCCAAACACUAACCCACCUCACCUCGCUUGUCCUCUCCUGCGCUCCACGCGCACUGGCACGCCUCGCUCUCCUCUCCCGUCUCGCCAUUCCCAUUUUCGUCUCCUCCCGGCCGGCCCCCUCCCGAGAGUCCAGCGCCUUCCGAAGCUUGCUUCUUGUUUCCCCAUCGCGCGGUUUUUCCUUGAUUUCCUCGGCCUGGUCCUAGAGAGAACCUAGGGUGAUCGGCGGCCGUGCGUCCUGCCUGCCAUGGCUCGCGGCGACGGCGAGCUGGAGCUCUCGGUGGGGGUCGGAGGCGGUGGCGGCGGGGGCGGGGGCGGGGGCGCGGGGCCGGGGGAGGUGGAGACCGCGCCGUCGAUCAGCCUCGGGAGGCUCAUCCUCGCCGGCAUGGUCGCCGGCGGCGUGCAGUACGGCUGGGCCCUGCAGCUCUCCCUCCUCACGCCCUACGUGCAGACUCUCGGGCUUUCACAUGCCCUUACUUCAUUCAUGUGGCUAUGUGGUCCGAUUGCUGGCCUAGUGGUUCAACCAUGCGUUGGCCUGUACAGUGACAGAUGCACCUCAAAAUGGGGAAGACGGAGGCCAUUUAUUUUGACAGGAUGUGCGCUGAUUUGUGUUGCUGUUGUGAUUGUUGGAUUUUCAUCAGACAUUGGAUAUGCUCUGGGAGAUACGAAGGAAGACUGCAGUCUCUACCACGGUGCUCGUUGGCAUGCUGCAAUUGUAUAUGUUCUGGGAUUCUGGCUCCUUGACUUCUCCAACAAUACGGUGCAAGGUCCCGCACGUGCUCUAAUGGCUGAUUUGUCAGGUCGUCAUGGCCCUAGUGCAGCUAAUUCAAUCUUCUGUUCUUGGAUGGCACUGGGAAAUAUCCUAGGAUAUUCUUCUGGUUCCACAAAUAACUGGCACAAGUGGUUUCCCUUCCUUAAAACAAAAGCCUGUUGUGAAGCUUGUGCAAACUUGAAAGGCGCAUUUCUGUUGGCUGUGCUGUUCCUGGCCUUGUGCUUGAUUGUAACCCUGAUCUUCGCCAAGGAAGUACCAUACAGAGGAAAUGAAAACCUCCCAGCAAAAGCAAACGGUCAGGUUGAAACUGAAAGCACCGGCCCACUUGCUGUGUUCAAAGGCUUCAAGAACUUGCCCCCUGGAAUGCCGUCCGUGCUUCUCGUAACUGGCCUCACCUGGCUCUCUUGGUUUCCGUUCAUCCUCUACGACACCGAUUGGAUGGGCCGUGAGAUCUACCACGGCGACCCAAAGGGAAACGAUGCUCAGGCUGCGGCCUUUAACCAAGGUGUCAGAGUAGGGGCAUUCGGUUUGCUACUGAACUCGGUUGUUCUAGGAUUCAGUUCCUUCCUGAUCGAGCCAAUGUGCCGGAAGCUUGGCCCGAGGAUCGUGUGGGUGUCGAGCAAUUUCAUGGUCUGCUUCGCCAUGGCUGCGACCGCGCUGAUCAGCUUCUGGUCGCUCAAGGACUUCCAUGGAUACGUGCAGGACGCCAUCACCGCGAACAAGGACAUCAAGGCCGUGAGCCUCGUCCUGUUCGCCUUCCUGGGGCUCCCUCUCGCUAUUCUGUACAGCGUCCCCUUCGCGGUGACAGCGCAGCUAGCAGCCAGUAAAGGCGGCGGGCAAGGGCUCUGCACCGGCGUCUUGAACGUCUCCAUUGUUAUUCCUCAGGUGAUCAUCGCCCUGGGCGCGGGCCCGUGGGACGAGCUGUUCGGGAAGGGGAACAUCCCGGCGUUCGGCGUGGCGUCCGGCUUCGCGCUCAUCGGCGGCGUCGUGGGCCUCUUCCUGCUGCCCAAGAUCUCCAAGCGCCAGUUCCGGGCCGUCAGCGUGGGCGGCCACUGAGCUCGGCCCGGCGCCGCCGCCUGGCCGGAGCACGGUGAACAUCAUGCCGGACCAGCCGGACAAGAGCUUCAUGUUGAACAGAAUAAGGAAGGAAACAAUUGUGCGCCUGCCCUGUGUUUGUGUGUAUAAUAGGCAGCAAGUGCCAAGUUCUGGUCUCUGCUAGUGUACUUUCUCCGUUUCGCAAUGUUUGUUUAUGGUCUCAGAGUAUCUGUUUCAAAUUGUUUGUCCAUUGCGAUAACAAGGAUGUUUUAUAGUCUAUUUUCCUGUUA